AUGGCAUCAUCCCAUGCUCAACCCACGAGUCUUCGACAUGCCAACGACCAAGCCCUCUGGCCCGCCGCCCCCGUCCAGCUCGCGCGUGGCCGCCAGCCCCGAGACGCGCAGGCCAAAACCGUGCCUUACCCCAACAUCACGUCCUUUGCCCACUUCGAGUCGUCUCUGCGCGACUAUCUCAGCACCCCGCCAGACGACCCCGAGCACACGGAUGCCCAAUUCUCCUUCUGGAUAGGCACCCGCUUUGUUGUCCCGCCGCCCGCCUCCACCUCCACCUCGACUCCGUCUCAGCCUCAGCAACCCCCCCAGCCCCCGCCGCCCCUACAGCAGCAGCAGCAGCAGCAGCAGCAACAACAACAACAACAACAACAACAACAACAACAACAACACCCGCAGCAGCAGCAGCAGCCCCCGCCACCCCGCCUCGCCCACCAGCAACCGCAUGCACCCACCGGCUACCAGCCCGCCCGCUAUGGCGGCCCUCAGCAGUAUCAGCCUCUGCCAGACCCCACAAUUGCGCUGGGCCCCAGCUUCCCCGAAUCCUUCGAGCCGAACAAUGGGCCCAAGAAAGUGGAGCACAAGAUCGAGUUGACUGUCGCAGAAGCGCUUCAGCCGACGCCGGAUCCCAAGGACAAGAUGCGCAAGCAGAGGGCAAUCGCAAAGUGCUGCGUCGACACGAUCCAGAGAAUCGACGGCUACCGCUACAGCUUCCACAACUGCUGGAACAGCCGCGAGGACGACAGCUUCCGCUUCUCCUACUACUGCAACGACUCGCUGCUCAACAAAGACCGUGCUGCCAACGGCAAGGGCGCGAAACUGGGCAAGCGCGCCACCAAGCCCGUCUACGACUGCAAGGGGGUUCUAUCCAUCAAGUUCUCCGCGUCCAAACAGACGCUCGACGUCUUCUACAAGCACGUGCCCGUCCACAAGACGUACGAGGAACGCGCCCCGCCCCCGCGCAAAGACUCCAAGCGGCGAAAGUAUCUUGAGGAGAACGAUCCCGAGGCAUUGACCAGGCUCGCGAGCCGAUCGAGGCAGCUGAGCAGCGAGGACCCGGACAUUCCCAAGACCAAGAGGAGCAAGUCAAAGCCUGUGCCAGAGCCCCCCAGACUCUCCACCACUUCGCUUGAAAGUGAUCUCAGGGCACAGAGCCUUCGAUCGCUUCUGGAGCUCAUACAAGUAGAUUCGCCCUCGCAACCAGCAUCCACUCCUUCUGAAACUCCGCCCUUGCCGCCUGCUCCAUCACUACCCCCACAAGAGCCCCCGUCGGUCCCGCGACCUACGCUACACGUUGAAACGCAAAUCGCCCAAACACAGCAGAGGAAGCGGUCAAGAACUAGCUGUGAUGUCUGCAAGGCGAAAAAGACAAAGUGUGAUGGCACCAGACCCAUUUGCCAAACGUGUAUCAAUAAGAAACGGCAAUGCUUUUACCCGCCAGAUUCCACAUCCGACGAGGACCAGCGUCCGCGUAUCGACUCUUCAGAGCCGACACCCCAAACCGCCCGUCAAACUUCAGAGAGCGACGUCUCGGAGCUUGAAAAGCUCAAGCGGGAACUGGAAGAAGCCAGGGCGAAGAUACGAGAGUUUGAGACUGAAAGGCGAGCCUCAAUCACUCCAACUCAAACGCCGCAGAUGGGAUCCCGUCCACGAUCGCUAUCGCAACAGACGCAUGUCCAGUCACAGACACACUCACAACAAACCCACGUUCAGCAACAGUCGCAACAGAUGCCGACCCAACCUCAAAUUCGCCAUCGCUCUCAGCUCUCGCAGUCACAGACACUGUCCAGUGCUCCUUCACAGCAGCAACAACAACCCCCGCAACGCCAGCAGACGCUACCAAACCACCGUCAACAGCUGCAACAGCUCAAUCAAGGCUCGUCGCGCGGUAUUGGUAGCCCUCCACAGCAGCUAGCAUACAAGCUCGGCAGUCAAUCUCCUCAACAGCGCCUGCAAAAUUUGCAACAGCAUCAUCAACAUCAACAUCAGCAGCAACUUGGCACCUCCCAGACCCCCAUGACGGCGCAACAUCAACUCCAAGCACAGCAAAUGCAGCCUUCUCAGCUUCAAACACAUCAAAACUAUUUUGCAGUCAACCACUCCAACCACUCCCCUUACGGCACUCUGAAUAGACCCAUGCCUCAAAAUGGGCACACAGUCAACAUCAUGAGUGGCCAGAAUUCACUCUUGACGCAAAAUGCCAUCUCCACGCAGAAUAAUAACGCUCAGCCCACGCAGAGUCAAUCCCAAGCUCCAAACCAAACAGCGCCGCAGAUGCUUUCUGGUAACGAGGGCAUGACAUCUACGGCAUCGAGUCUUGAUCCAAAUAAUGCGUAUGGACGAGGAGACUAUGCAUGGCCACCUACUGCAUAUUACGGGUAUCAAAAUCAAAACACGGCGCAGCAACAAUCACAACAGCAGCAACCACAACAAUCCCAGUCACAACAGCAACAGCCGUCACAGCAGCAGCAACAGCAGUCGCAACAGGACCAGUGGGUUACAGCCAGGGGUUCAGCAUACCGAUAAGAUCCAUGUUGGCACUCUCUCGCCUCAAUAUCACUCUACAUCAUAUGUUUGCUUGUCUUACCCGCCCACCACCGCCACCCGUCCGCACACUCACCCUACUCUCCACUGCAAUUGUAAUAUCACGAUAACAAAUGACGAUGACGAUGCCAAUGCCAAUGAUGACAAUGAU